AUGUUCUGUUCUGCCCCUCUGGAUAUCCUUUUUCUUCUCGAUGGCUCUAAUAGUAUAGGGAAAGGAAGCUUUGAGCGCUCCAAGCACUUUGCAGUGAAGUUGUGUGAUGCUCUGGAUAUCAGCGCUGAUCGGGUGAGAGUGGGGGUCAUUCAGUACAGCGCCACACCACAGCUAGAAUUCCGCCUUGAUUCCUUCAUUACUAAGGAAGACCUUCAGGAGAAGAUGAAGGCCAUUGUCCUCAAAGGAGGCAGCACAGAAACUGGCCUGGCUCUGAAGUACAUUCUACGUAAAGGCUUUCCUGGAGGACGUGACUCUUCUGUACCAAAAGUUCUCAUUAUCUUAUCGGAUGGCAAGUCUCAGGGCAAUCUUGGUGGUCCAGUAGCUCAGAUAAAAGAGAGCGGAAUUGAGGUGUUUGCUAUUGGAGUCAGGUUUCCAAGAUGGGCAGAACUUCAUUCUCUAGCAAGUGAGGCGAUGGAAGAACAUGUAUUCUUUGCUGAACAUGUGGAUGAUGCUGUGAACGGCUUGUGCAGCGCUCUAAGCAAUUCAUCGGCAUGCAGUGCCAUUCCAGCAGGGUGCAGUGUGCAAUCUUACUCAUGUGAGCGGCGAACUCUGGAGACGGUGAAAGAACUUGCUGGGAACUACAUGUGCUGGAAAGGCUCGGCUGCGCCAAGCCGUGUGUUUGCUGGACACUGUCCCUUCUACAGCUGGAAGCGAUACUUCACAAAGCAUCAAGCAGAGUGCCACCGUACCACGUGUCCAGAUCCAUGUGACUCUCAGCCGUGUAAGAAUGGAGGGACCUGCAUCCCAGAGGGGGCAGACAAGUAUCACUGCAUUUGUCCUGUUGGUUUUGGAGGAGAUGCUGAGUGUGCUCCAAAGUUAAGUCUGGAGUGUAAUAUCGAUCUCCUGUUCCUGCUGGACAGCUCUUCCUCUUCAUCACUGGAGUCCUUCAUGCGUCACAAGUCCUUCCUCAAGCGCUUCAUACAAGCCUCAUUGUCGGAUGAAUCACCAGUCAAUGUGGGAGUGGCCCAGUACAGCAACGACGUGCACAUGGUGGUGAAGAUCAAUGAGUACGAGAACAUCGCGCAGCUGCUGAAGUUUGUGGACUCCAUGCAGUUUUUGGGUGGGGGGCUGUACACAGGAAAAGCCCUACGUUACAUCACACAGCACGGAUUCAAGAGCACGCCAGCCUUUUCCGAUAUCCGAGACGACCUGCCUCGCGUCGUGGUGCUGCUCACUGGAUCCACGUCGCAAGAUGCCGUGGCAGAGCCAGCCUUGCAUGCCAGGAACCAUGAGGUUUUCCUUAUUGGUGUCUCCAGCGAGACAAGUAAAGAAGAGAUGGCUGAAAUUGUGGCAAAUCCACACAAUCUGAUAACAUACGAUAGCCCUCAGAAACUCUUCAACCAGCUACCUCAACUGCAGAAGAGGAUUUGCAGCAUCGACUCCCAAGGUUGCCCGGCACAACCUCUGGACUUGGUCUUCAUGUUGGAUGCCUCCUCUGGUAUAGGACAAGACAAUUUUAACCGUCUGCUGAACUUUGUAACAAUGGUUUCCCUCCAGUUUGACAUAAACCGGGAUAUCACCCAGGUGGGACUUGUCACAUAUAGUAACCAGCCUGAGACCAUCUUUAGUCUGGACGCCCAUGAAACCGUAUCAGGCCUCAUCAGUGCCAUCAACCGGGCCCCUUACCGGGGAGGUUCACCUUUCACUGGAAACGCUCUCCUACACAUCCACAAUGAUGUCAUGUCCAUCCAGAAGGGUGCUCGGCCUGGGGUGAAGAAAGCCGUGAUCGUGCUGAGUGAUGGGCGUGGAGCAGAAGAUGCAGCGGUUCCUGCACAGAAGUUACGGGAUGAUGGGAUUUCUGUCUUUGUCAUUGGAAUAGGGAGGAUUCAAAGGAAUGCCCUGCUGAGAAUAGCAGGAUCAGACAGAUUCCUCACUCACAUACCGAGCUACAGUGUGCUCAGCCAGUAUGAGGAUGACAUCGUACAGCGUGUUUGUGAAGAGGCAAAAUCCAAAGUGAGUCCAUGUAAACCCAAUCCAUGUAUGAAUGGGGGAGUCUGCAUCCUGCGACACAACAGCUACUACUGCGAGUGCAGUGGAUGGGAUGGACCGCACUGUGAGAACCAAAUAGUUAGAGGGGACAGUGCCUGGGCCACUACCGCUAAUCAAGAUUCGGCAUCAAAGGCACUCCUCCGCGUCACAUCGCAGAUUCAAGCCCCUGUCCAGCAGGAAGUCUUCUGGGAGUGCACAUUAACUGAACUGGUUGAAGAGGCCAGAGACCAUCUGAAGUGUCUGGUUUGGGAUACUCAACAGCCAGAACUAGGUUUUCAAUUUUAG